ACCUCCGAGACAAGAAACAAACAGAGAAGCACAGAUACACGGCAACUUCAUCAGCUUCCAAACAUUCGUAAGCCCCCAUAAAUAUGCUUUCCUUGUGUUUUCUCAAGUACUUCUCAUUCCCCUGACUCAUUCUCUCUCUCUCUGAGUAUCCAAUUCGUAUAAGCAGCAAGAUAUGCAACCUUGUAGCAGAGAAAUGCAAGGAAUGAACUCCCUCUUAAACCCACCUCAAAUCUCUCUCCAAGACCUCCAUAACCAACAGAUACAGAUCCAGAACUCUCAGAUUCACCACCACCAGCAUCACCAGGUCCAGAACUCCGGCCACUUCGACCCCACCUCCCAAGAAGACUUCUUGGAGCAAAUGUUCUCCACCAUCUCUCCUUCAUGUUCCUGGUCUGACCUCAACCCCACCAACCCUACCAAGACCGCCUGGGAACUCAAGCCCAGAGACCUCACCGACGAGUCGGUUCCGUCCAACCAUGACAACAACAAUGUUGCUUUCCAGUUCGAUGACUCCUCCACCCUCGCCUCCAAGCUCCGCAACCACCAGAUUAGUGGCUCUGUCAAGUCGGCUUCAGCUGCUGCCUUGAUGCUCCAGCAGCAGCUCUUGAUGUCCAGGGGUGUGACCGGCGCCGGAGCCGGAGUCGGCGAGUCUGGGCUGAUUCAGAUGCCGCUGUCUUUGGGGUCAGACGACGUAGUCGAUGGGUCUUCGUCUUUCAAAUCUGCCAAUCCGGGAGGUGAGGGUUCUAUUCAAGCUCUGUAUAACGGGUUCGCUGGAUCUAUUCACGCACAGGGUCAAACACCUAACCAGGCUCAGCAUUUUCAACAUCCUCAGGGCCAAAACUACGGAGCUCCUGGCGCCGUGAUGAACCAAGCUCCGGCGAGUGGUUCUGCGGGGAGUGCGCCGGCUCAACCAAGACAGAGGGUGAGGGCUCGGCGAGGUCAAGCCACUGACCCACACAGCAUCGCCGAACGAUUACGGAGGGAGAGAAUCGCUGAGAGAAUGAAAGCCCUACAAGAACUGGUUCCCAAUGCCAACAAGACAGACAAGCCUUCAAUGCUGGAUGAGAUCAUAGACUACGUGAAAUUCCUCCAGCUUCAAGUCAAGGUUCUGAGCAUGAGCAGGUUGGGCGGUGCUGCUGCGGUCGCUCCCCUUGUUGCUGAUAUGUCUCCCGAGGGGGGCGGUGACUGUAUUCAAGCCGGUGUAGGUGGUGGGUCACUCGGUGGGCGCAACAGCUCCUCAAAUGGCCACCAAACGGCGUCGUCUAACGACAGCCUGACGGUGACGGAACACCAGGUGGCGAAGCUGAUGGAGGAGGAUAUGGGUUCUGCCAUGCAAUACCUCCAAGGUAAAGGUCUCUGCCUCAUGCCCAUCUCACUUGCAACGGCAAUCUCCACCGCCACGUGUCACUCCAGGAACCCCAUGAUCGGCAACAACCACCACUCGGUGCUCCAAUCCAACGGUGGCGAGGGCCCCUCCUCCCCCAGCAUGUCCGUGUUGACCGUCCAGUCAGUCACUGUGGGUAACGGUUCCGGUGAGGCUCCCGUCAAGGACGCUGCCUCGGUUUCCAAGCCGUGAGUUGACGGUGUUGACUGACUUUUUGGUCAUGCAAAAGCA